AUUGAUUCAGGACGAUGUCCCUGACGAGUCGAGAAUCAAAGGCAACAUAUUAUACUCAAGAUGACUCGGAAUCGGCCUCGGUGAUUUCGUCCUACGAGCAGAAACAGCCAUUCCCCCCGCUACCCCCCGAUGACCUUGAAAGCCCCGAGGAUGCGCCUCACAAUAACCACCCGGAGGCUGAUGACCAGGACAUCGCAUCUCCCCUGCAUGGGGCUGGUGAGGCGGGGGAUGACGCAGACUUUCACUCACAUUAUUAUUCCUUGGAUCAGACAUUCUCAGAUGCCUCGACAGAUUCAAACGAUGACCAGUCGCCUGAGGAUGGGAUUGCGAUGCACCAUCCAUUUAGACAGUCAUCCAGCUCGUUACAUGGACCAAAUGCAUUCGCCCCGCCAUUCUAUAAUAGACCUCCAACACCAUUACCACCAUCCCCUUCAUUGACCUCUCUGUUACGACCCCCGUUUUCUACCACCACUUCGCGACCAACCACCCCUGACAGCUCUGAUGUUGAGACACCCAAUGAUACCGAAGCAGCAGUCGCAAAGUCCGCACGACGUGCGACAACGGUCCCUCGAGCUAGCCCCAAAGUACCGACUUAUGAGUACUACGGAUUUGUUUUAUAUCUUGCAUCAUCAUUAGCAUUCUUAAUUUAUAUCCUCUGGUCGUAUCUUCCAUCUCCUUUCCUCCACCAACUUGGUAUAUACUACUACCCAAACCGAUGGUGGUCUUUGGCGAUCCCGUCCUGGCUGGUGAUGUCGAUCAUCUACAUUUAUAUUGCCCUGGCAUCAUAUAAUACCGGAUACUUGACACUCCCGAUGAAUAGCGUGCAGAAUCUUGUGGACGAAGUAGCGAACGUCGCAGUUAUCGAUGGGAAGGGCCGACGACGGCCUGGUGGUGCCGCAAAGAUGCGACCCGGGGCUACAUCUUUUCAGAUCAUGGGGCCACAGAACCGAAAGGUCAACUGGAGGGAAAUUUGGGGUGAAGGGACUGAUGCGGUUCUAGAUAUCCCAGUUGGAGGAGUAUGCGAAGUCCUCUACGGACAGGAACGGGGGGAUGAUGAUGGUAUCUGUGAAGAGCAAUCCAGCACCAGCGGAAUCCGCACAGCGUUUCGGAGACGGGAGACAUAGUUACGCAGGCGCACUAUUGAAUCCGAACUGAAUGUUAUAUGUGAUGAUAUUUAUGGGAUUUUGCGAUUGAAGUAGGAAAUGUACCAUACAACCGAU